UGUAAAUUUUCAUCAAUUGACGUUUACUCUGGGAAUUUCCGGGGAAUAGUUUAGAAUUUUGCGUCUGAAUCAGUAAAUAAUUGUGAAUAAGUGCAGUGCUUUUAUCAUUCUGUGACCAUUGCAUAGACAAAAACACUCCUGAAAAUGUCAUCGUUCGGUUUACAGACAAAUGGCUAUAUUUGAAAAACGAUUCGAACGCAAAGUGACACUCGAUGACACCCAACCAAUUACUUGUGUGAUUGAAACAGCGCAACUUGUUGACGGGCAUACGGAGUAUGUUUUGAGACUGCAGCGAGGCCCGUACGCCGAUACCACCUGGAAAGUAUUGCGUCGCUACAAUGACUUUGUUCAGCUCAAUAAAAGUUUAUCGCCGUCCGGCAUCUCGUUGCCGUUGCCUGGCAAAAAGGUCAUUGGUAAUAUGCGCCCCGAUUUCAUAGCUGAACGUCGUCAAGGCUUGCAAGAGUACAUAAACGUUGUCCUGAUGAAUCCAAUUUUGGCAUCGUCGCUCGCAGCGAAACGCUUUGUCGAUCCCGACAGUUAUUCGUCGCCGUUUCAUGACCAAGCUCAACAAAGUGCGUCAUUAUGUCUACGUACCGAAGGGCUCUAUAUUCUAGGACAAUCGAUGGGUCUUAUCGGAUGGCGAAUACGUAAACAUUAUUUCAAAGUCCUUACUAAAUCGCAAGGACAAUCAGGCGGAAAACAUUUAAUAAAAUCAAGUUCGCAAACACAUAAUAAGCAACAUCAUCAACAAUCAUCCAAUGGAUCCAGUGAUGGCGGCUCCAGCCAGAGCAGUAGCUGUGAACUGGUUCUAUCAUGGACUGAAUAUGGUCCAGAUAAAUACAUCGAUGACAAGGAAAUGCAUAGCAUUUUCAAAAGUUUAGCAGGCUUGCAGCAUCCAUAUAUUGAGCCUUUACAGUAUAGUGCGUGUAAUGAGAAUGGAGCGUUAGUGAUUCGGAAAUUUCAUCAACAAGGGACCUUGAAGGAUAUUCUAUGCAUGUCCACACCAAAGAAACCGUUUCUGAACAAGUAUGGAAACCCAAAAGGUCGAACAGCAUUAUCACUGCGACAAGUUGCAACGUAUGGGCGUCAAAUACUUGAGGCUUUGAGGUUUCUACAUUCGAAAGGGAUGCCAUAUGGUCAUUUACAUUCCGGUAAUAUUGUGAUUAUAGACGAUACGGUUCGGCUUUUAGACGUGGAGAACAUCAUAUUAGGUGUGCCAGCAUUUUACCGGCCGUUUUUCGUACAACAUAGUAAAAUUCAUACACCCGAAACAAUUGAUGUGUAUUGCUUCGGUCACGUAUUAUUUGAGAUGAGCAUGGGUUAUCCACUGCAAGAGUCGGUUGCACGACAAAUAACAGACUGUCCAGAAGCUCUAAAAAAUCUGCUAGAAAUGAUUCUUUCCAAGGAAGCAUGUAAAUCAGCUCUGCCUACUUUAGACCAACUCGCUGAGCAUCGAUUUUUUCAAGAAUAUGCUUCUAGUCUUAGCGAAUCGUUAAAUACGCACGGUUUGGAUAGUGCUGCGAAUAGUAAGCCCCACUUUAAGUUAUCUAUGAAUGCCAAAGAACAAAUCAGAAUUGCUAUGCAGAAAUCUGAACAUCGAUUACGGGAAGAGCAGAAAUCGGUCAAGAACCAGAAGAGGCUUGUUAGGGUCCAGGAAAUGAUGAGCUCUGAAGAGGAGAAGAAGAAAUCAAAACAGAAAGCUAAAAUGGAACACAAACAAGCCAAACUUCGUCAACAAAACUCGCUGCAACUACACAAUGGUUCAGGUGGUCCAAGUGCAAGUCCUAUCAACCGUACGGACAGUGUGAUAAGCGUAAACAUGUCAAACGAAACAACACCUGCGCCUUCUGUUCAGAGUGCAUCUCCAUUACCACCCCCACCACCGCCACCAACUAACCCUUUGGAAUCGACUGUUGGUACUGGAAUAUCCACUUCUAUAGAAGAGACUGAUUGCGAACGUUCUGCUCUACUGGAAUCUAUUUAAGAAAUUUCAACUUGGGUAACUGACGAGCACGCUUUUUAUUGAUGAUGUAUCUGCUGAGACUACUUUUGCAAUUUUUUGAAAUUCAUGAAGGCUUGAAUCACGACUGGUUUUUUUGUUAACACAUUUUGAAUAUUUUUGGAAAUGUGGUGUGCAUUUUUUUCAGUUUUGUUUUUUUUUGAUUUGUGACUAACAUGACUUGAGAUCUUUUUGGAUAUUAACUUCAAAUGCUUCGCUGAUAUUUUAUGACAAUAUAAUUAAAUAAUAUGAGGAACUGAAAUGCUUUUCUACUUAUACUAAUAAAAAUACCACAAAAGUGAGUGCCAUAUAAAGCUGCAGCCACUUCUAAUCGCGUAUGUAAUAAAUUUCAAGUUGACCUUCGAACCAAAGUCUGUCAGUUUUAUUCCUUUCAAUCUCACAAAUAAACUGUAUUAAAUAGUGGAAUAUUUACUAAUGGAAUUAAGCGAUGAAAAUAUACAUAAAUACUUAAAUUAUGAUUGAGUUCGUAAUGAGUAGCGUGUUAGCAAUUAGAUUGGCUCUAACUAAAUUACUUUUCUGAAGCUCAAAACUUAUGUUCAAACUGCUAAAUCUAUUCUGUGGUAUACUAUCGUGACUCUUUCAAAGUAUUUUUAUAAACGGUAUUCAGUCGUAUAAAUCGUAUCUAUAUUUACGUUUUCAAACUUGAACUGAUAUGAACGCUUGCAACUUACCCUUAUUUCUUCUAAAAACAAUUUCUAAAUAAUAAAAAAUAAAUACGUAUAAAGUCCGCUAUUUUAAAGGAAUAAAAACGCAGCUGAAAAAUGGGAUUUAAUAUGUGUUUUUCUAAACUAAAAUGAAAAGUAUAUAAAACAUAAAUUUUGAUAAAUGUUUAAAUAUAUAUAUAUUAAUUUCAAAUAUAUAUAUACAUACAUAUAGUAUUUCUAUCAAAAGUUUUUAAUGUUUACAAUUAAGACAUGAAUAAAAUUAAAGCUGAUUUGUGACAAAAAACAUUUAUGGAAACGAGUAGUAAACUCAGAAUAGAAUAGAAUGAAAAUAUCCACACCGAUAUUUCUCUGCUCGACAUUUUUUCCUUCUCUCUUCGCAUCUAAUUUUAAAAAAAUACUUCGAAACUUGUGAUAUCAUAUUUUCAGUCAUGAAAUUUUACAGAAAAAAAUGUGAAUCUCAUUGAUUUUGGCACAAUUGUUUGUUAGUUGUUUUAAGACCGUAUGAGAAACGUUUGACUUCAGAAUUUCGGUUCGUUAAUCUGUUUGAUUUCAGCGACUAGUGUUCUAAUAAAUAAAUUAAUAAAAAUGGUGUCUAUUGUAAUAGAAAA